AUGAAUCUUCAAGUAUGCUCUGGGCUUAAUCCUUGGUCUGGUGAACACCUUGCUUCCCUGGUGAGGCCUCUUAUGUCUGGAAGAUCAUCCUUAUUGGGGUUCCUUAAGAAUCGAGAAGGGGAUGGGGGCUGUGAUGGGCAUUCAGGGACAGCCACAGUUGAAGGUAUCAGCCGAGUCCUAUGUGCAUGGUCUGCCCGGAUUGUAGCUUCGCUGACAGUCUAUUCACACAAGGAGGACCGUUUUGGAGUUGCUCAACUCUCUGGUAGCAAUGCUGCUGUUUUGUCUGUGCUGCUGUCUUGCUUAUUGGCUGUUGAAACAGUUAUAGGAAAGAGGACCAACUUACAAUCCUCACAUUAUAAGAUGGGUCCAACUGGUAUAAAAUGGGCCGCACUGAGCACAGAAAAAAGAGACUUGGCGGUGAGGGUCAUGGCCAAAAAAAGAGGCAGCCUUCUGUACUCGAAAGCAUAUUCUAUGGCAGACAUACUGAAGACUUCCAUUUACUGCAUUGUGUCUGCUUUCAACGAUGAGCUGCUGAAUAUUGCUAAAGCGGGACUUCUUGAAAAGGAUUGGAUUAUUGGAAGGAAGCCUAUUUAUGGGACCCCUGAGUUGCUUUCCCAGAAAUUGCGUCUGUUCUUGGAUAUCCAAGCUAGCUAG